UUUCCAGUUUGGUUACUUAUCAGAACUUUUCUCUAUUUUCAGAAUUUAAAAAAAAUCUUUCAUUAAAAAAAAACAUGUUUGUGUGAAUAUAUUAAAAUUUUCUUUCAUACUUAGGGAUUCUUUUGGUUCAAAAAGUCAUCUCUUCCAUUAGAUCAGAGACAUUUAUUCUUCCUCUGGUACUUCUUUGGAUAUUAUUUCUACCCCUCUCCAUUCUUUCUGUCAUUCUGGAAUACCUGUUAUAGUGAUUUUAUUUCUUGUAUUUUACUUCAUUAUUCUUCUUAUAAUUGUUAUGUUUUCAUAAUUUUUCCCAGUAACUUGGGUGUAAUUUUUCAAAUUUGUAUUCUAAUUGACUCAGUUUUCUUAAGUUUCUGGCAUUUUGCUCCACAAGGUUUAACUUCAAUAAUCAUGGCUUUGUUUUGUCCCCCAGGUGGUCUUUUCUGGCCCAACACUGUCAUUUUCAUGAGUACUUAUUCAAAAUUCUAUAUUAUUAUUAUUAAGAUGGAGUCUCCUUCUGUCACCCAGGGUAGAAUGCAGCAGUGCAGUCUUGGCUCACUGCAACCUCUGCCUCCCGAGUUCAUGCGAUUCUCGUGCCUCAGCCUCCCAAGUAGCUGAGAUUACAGCCGUGUGCCAUCACGGCCAGCUAAUUUUUGUAUUUUUAGUAGAGAGGGGGUUUCAGCAUGUUGGCCAGGCUGUUCUCAAACUCCUGGCCUCAAGUGAUCCUCCCGCCUUGGCCUCCCAAAGUGCUGGGAUUACAGGCAUGAGCCACCGUGCCUGGCCUCGAUAUUCAAUAUUUUAUAGGGCUUUGUUGAAAGUAAGUAAUAAAGACAAUUUAAUGUCUUUCAACUUCCUUUCAGACUCUUGUUUUUGAAAAGGGAAACAAUUGAUUUGAUAUCUUGAAUUUCAUCUCAUUAACCUAAAGUGUUUUGUCUUCAUAUCUCCCAUAACCUUUUCUGUUUACUUAUGGGCUGGCUUGCCUUGGAAUGACAGUAAGAGAGUUUCUAUUUUUUACUUUACUUUUUUUUUCUUUUUUGUUGAGACUGAGUCUCACUCUGUCACCCAGGCUGGAGUGCAGUGGCACAAUCACAGCUCAAUGUAGCCUCAACCUCCUGAGCUCUGGUGAUCCUCCCACCUCAGCCUCCUGAGUAGCUAGGACAACAGGCAUAUGCCACCACACCUAGAUAGUUUUUCCAUUUUUUGUAGAGAUGGGGUUUCGCCACCUUGCUGAGGCUGGUCUCAAACUCCUAGGCUCAAGUGAUCCACCUGCCUCGGGCUCCCAAAGUGCUGGGAUUACAGGCGUGAGCCACCACGCCUGGCCUACAGUGAAAGAGUUUCUAGUUGAGAUGAUCUGUCUUUUCAUCAUUGGUUCUUUUAUUAUUUUUUAAACUUACAUUUGUUUUUCUGAAACCGAGCUAAAAACUGUAGACAUUGCUUCAUUUAAUGUUUAGCAUUUCUGAGAAAUCUUAGAUCAGUUUGAUUAUAAUUCUUGUAUAAGAAUGGUGUUUUUUCCUUCAUAGAUUCUCUGGAAUUUUAAACGUAACUUUGAAGUUCAAAUUAUUCACCAAGACCUGACUAACAUUUAGCCUCUUUUAAAUAAGUUGUCUGCUGCUUGAAAAUGUAUUGUGAGUAAAGAUGGAGGGUAAUUAUAGAUAUACCACCUAGUCUUCUUGAUCCGAGGCCUACAGCUUUUGAUCCCUUCUCUAUCCCAUUCUAUCAACAAUGUCAGAGUGAUCCUUCUAAGUAGCAUUAUGACAAUGUCACUCUGCAGCUUCAAAUAUUCAGGUGAAUCUCCUCAUCUAUAAAAUAAAGUCCAAAAUUCUCAGCAUGUAAUAUAAGUCUAUUAAUGUAAUAUAUCCAAAACACUGACCAUAUCUUUGUUUAUCUUUUACUUUGUGUCAGUUCUGGUUUUUACUGUUCCUAAUAAAGUUUUUAAUUUUUAUUAUUAAUUUUUUUACCAUAGUUUGCUAACCAUAUUCAUUUCUUUUUUUAUUUAUCCCAGCCUCUCAAUUUCAUUUUCCAGCUUAAUAUCACCAUUUCUCCACUAGACUUCAAUAUUGUAGAUUACGAAUACAAUAAGAAGAGCCUCUAGAUAACCAACUGCAAAUUAGAAACCAGUAAUACAAAAUUGGGAUUCAGUUGUGUCUAGGAAAUCUCCUAAACAUCUUAAUGCUAAUGAUAUUGGUUCUCGUGCUUAUCUUUGUCUGUCUUCACUGUGAUUUUGCAGAAAUGCCAAUUCUAAUUCUCCUAAAAAUUAAUGAGUUAGUCAUCAGAUAAGGCAUGACAGUCCAACAAAGCAUGAUUUAGUAAAAAUCUGAAGGGUUUUGUAAUCCAAUGGAUGUGGUUUGGAUUCAAGAUCUGCCAUGUGAUUUGUGUUUCUUAAAUUAUCUGGGAUCAGCUUCCUCAUGUAUAAACCAGAGAUAUAAAAGAACAAAAACAUGCAUAUGUAAAUGGUCCUCAAUACAUGCUAACCUUUCACCCUCCUCUCAAAUUCUAGCCAGUAAAGAAAGGUUCAUGAAGAGUAGAAAACAUAUUAUAUGCAUUCUUCAUGAUAGUUAUAAAUAUAUUUCUAAAGUUUUGAUAAAUUUAAAUGUAUGUGUUCUUUUACGAGAUUAUAAACACUCGGUGUGUUUCAUAAGCUUAAGUGUUUUCAGAAACAUCACUUUCUCCCAAAAUGUAUCCUUUGAUGGACCCUUCAGAAACUUGUGAUUCUGACUUUGCAUGCCCUUUCUGAAUAACUUAAUGUGUGAACAGAAAUAUCAGCUCCUGUAGAAGCUGAUUCAGGCCCAUCUCAGAGAUUAGGCUCUGGCUACUAUUUAUUGUGUUUUAUUCUUAGACAACCCAAGGCACUUCCUCUGCCUGAGGUGCUGACCUUGCCUCUUUCCCUGACAGUAAGAAGGAGUCUGAAAAACAAAUUGAGAAUCUGACUUCCAAUCAAUAAUCUUUCUCCAUGACCACAGUUGGGGACUUCCGCCCAUACUUAUGGCUACAGGAAACUGGACAAGAAUAAGUGAGUUUAUCCUCAUGAGCUUCUCUUCCCUGCCUCCUGAAAUACAGUCAUUACUCUUUCUGACAUUUCUAACCAUCUACCUGGUCACCCUGAUGGGAAACUGCCUCAUCAUUCUGGUUACCCUAGCUGACCCCAUGCUACACAGCCCCAUGUACUUCUUCCUCAGAAACUUAUCUUUCCUGGAGAUUGGCUUCAACCUAGUCAUUGUGCCCAAAAUGCUGGGGACCCUGCUUGCCCAGGACACAACCAUCUCCUUCCUUGGCUGUGCCACUCAGAUGUAUUUCUUCUUCUUCUUUGGAGUUGCUGAAUGCUUCCUCCUGGCUACCGUGGCAUAUGACCGCUAUGUGGCCAUCUGCAGUCCCUUGCACUACCCAGUCAUCAUGAACCAAAGGACACGGGCCAAACUGGCUGCUGCCUCCUGGUUCCCAGGCUUUCCUGUAGCUACUGUGCAGACCACAUGGCUCUUCAGUUUUCCAUUCUGUCGCACCAACAAGGUGAACCACUUCUUCUGUGACAGCCCACCUGUGCUGAGGCUGGUCUGUGCAGACACAGCACUGUUUGAGAUCUACGCCAUCGUCGGAACCAUUCUGGUGGUCAUGAUCCCCUGCUUGCUGAUCUUGUGUUCCUAUACUCGCAUUGCUGCUGCCAUCCUCAAGAUCCCAUCAGCUAAAGGGAAGAAUAAAGCCUUUUCUACACGUUCCUCACACCUCCUUGUUGUCUCUCUUUUCUAUAUAUCAUUAAGCCUCACAUAUUUUCGGCCUAAAUCAAAUAAUUCUCCUGAGGGCAAGAAGCUGCUAUCGUUGUCCUACACUGUUAUGACUCCCAUGUUGAACCCCAUUAUCUACAGCCUGAGAAAUAAUGAGGUGAAGAAUGCCCUCAGCAGGACGGUCUCUAAGGCCCUAGCCCUCAGAAACUGUAUCCCAUAG